AUGACCUCAAUCACCACAGAGAAAACCAUAAAUGAGUUGCGUCUUAUAUUUGCCCAACAUGGUUUGCCCGAGGAGUUGAUAUCAGAUAAUGGGCCACAAUUUGUUUCAAGUGAGCUUGCUGAGUUUAUGUAUAAAAAUGGCAUUAAACAUACCCUAACUCCUCCUUAUCACCCACAAUCAAAUGGUGCUGCUGAGAGAUCAGUCAGGGUGGUAAAGGAGGCGCUUGUCAAACAAGUUCUAGAGGGAAACAAGGGAAGGUCUAUCAAACAUAGACUAGCAGACUUCCUCUUGAGAUACCGUACUACCCCACACAGCACCACAGGUGCUACGCCAGUAGAACUGUUGAUGAGACGUAGACUGCAUACUCGUUUAACUCUAGUGAAACCUGAUCUAGCCAAAACCGUAGAGAGUAAACAAAAUAAGCAGAAGGAAUAUAAGGAUUUAAAGGGUCAGAAAGGGAGGCUGUUUGCAGAGAAUGACAUAGCUCGAGUGAGAAAUACUCAAGCCCGUAGCAAUACUGAGAGGUGGAUUCUGGGAAGGCACAUGAUCAGGUGCCACAUGAAACUAGAGAGUUGGACAUACCUGUCUCAGAACUGUGUGAGCAACCUAAGUUUAGAUAAUAGCCAAGUUUCAUCCGGGGUGCCGCAGCCACCAGUCAAUUUUUCAGAUAAAGAUAAUGAGCCUAAUUCUAGUAUUAGUGAAGAGAAUGUAAACACACCAUCGCCGGUUGUUCUGAGGCGAUCAGAGAGAAUUAGGAAACCUGUUGACCGACUGAUCCUGUAG